AUGGCAGGGUUGAGGGAACAGGAUCAGUACAUGCCAAUAGCGAAUGUGAUAAGGAUAAUGAGAAGGAUUCUUCCAUCACAUGCGAAAAUAUCAGAUGAUGCAAAAGAGACAAUACAAGAGUGUGUGUCUGAAUACAUAAGCUUCAUAACCUCAGAAGCCAAUGAGAGAUGCCAGCGUGAGCAAAGGAAAACAGUAACCGCAGAGGAUUUGCUUUGGGCAAUGGGAAAGCUUGGCUUUGAUGAUUACGUUCACCCUCUUAUCCUUUACCUUCACCGUUACCGUGACAUUGAAGGAGAACCCUCUUCUCUCAGGCGCAGCAGCACUCUUACAAUGCCUUAUUCUCUGCCACCACCACCACCAACACCACAACCACAACCACAACCACCAGGUUCUUCUUAUGGAUAUGCAAUGUUUGACCCCAAUUCAGUGGGGUUCUAUAGGGAUGAUGUUGCAUCUGCCUCUGCUACUCUUAUUAACAGCUUUGACCCUUAUGCUCACAUCAAACGUGAUCCUCAAUGA